AUGGCUCCUAGCAUUAUCACCGGGAAAGAUGCAGAUGGCUACUAUACAAUGAACGAACCAUGCCACUCUACCGUGGGACUAGAUCCUACUCUAGGGGCAAGCAAGCUGCGGAGAAUGCUCGAAGAAACAACGGACUUGAUCGUCUGUCCGGGGGUUUAUGACGGGCUGUCUGCUCGCAUUGCGAUAGAGCUUGAAUUCAAAGGUCUUUAUAUGACUGGUGCAGGCACAACUGCUUCUAGACUAGGCAUGGCAGAUCUCGGUCUUGCUCAACUCCACGAUAUGCGGACUAACGCUGAGAUGAUUGCUAACCUUGAUCCGUACGGACCCCCAUUGAUUGCUGACAUGGAUCACGGUUAUGGAGGACCGCUCAUGGUGUCUAAAUCUGUACAUCAAUACAUCUUGGCCGGUGUAGCUGGCUUCCACAUCGAAGACCAAGUCCAGAAUAAGCGCUGUGGUCAUCUUGCCGGAAAGAAAGUCGUCAGUCUUGAUGAGUACAUGACGCGCAUUCGAGCAGCAAAGCAAACAAAAGACCGGCUGCAAUCGCAGAUAGUCCUGAUUGCACGAACCGACGCUCUCCAGCAACAUGGCUACGACGACUGUAUCCGUCGGCUAAAGGCAGCAAGAGAUAUUGGUGCCGAUGUCGGUCUUCUGGAGGGGUUCACCUCGAAGGAGCAGGCACGUCAAGCUGUUCAAGACUUACAUCCCUGGCCUCUUUUGCUUAACAUGGUGGAGAAUGGCGCAAGUCCCGUUAUCACCACUGAGGAGGCUGAGGAAAUGGGGUUCCGGAUCAUGAUCUUCUCGUUCGCGUCGCUGGCUUCCGCCUAUUUGGGUAUUCGCUCUGCGCUGAAGAAAUUGAAGAAAGAGGGUGUUGUUGGAACUCCUGAGGGGCUUAGUCCUCGUAAGUUGUUUGAGGUUUGUGGGCUUGUGGACUCGAUGAAGGUCGAUACGGAGGCUGGGGGUGAUGGCUUCAUUGACGGUGUCUGA